AUGGGUCCAAACCAUGUUUCAGGCUAUGUAAGCAAUGAAAAGUUAAUGGAGGAGUUAGAGAUUCAGAUUUCCAAGAGUGCUGUGUUAACUGUGGUGGCCAAAAUGGCUGUGGUUGUUGGACUCUUGGACAAAAUUCAUUUCCAGAUUGUGAUUGCUUGUCUUCUCGGAGUCCUUCUGGCUCCAGUUCUCGCUAAUGAUAAUAUGAAUGAAAAUAAUCAGGGAAACAAAGGCGGACGUUCCCAACAGACUGUGAGCAUCAGCGGCAAUCAACAUGUAGCCAACAUUGACACGAACAAUGGGUGGAACUCCUGGAACUUGGUUUGGGACGAUGAAACUGGCUUUGUGGCAACCAGGAUACUUUCAAAGAAAGCCUGCAUUGUUUCCAAAAUGAACAAAAAUGCUAUGCCUGACUCCGCACUGUUUCCUCAACUGAUCAAAGAAAGGCAGAGUGCUGGUUUAAAAGCUCCUCCUGCAAAGGAACUGCUAUGCAUUGUCUCAAAAACCACAGCCAGUGACCUGACCCCAUUUGGACCGUCUAUUCAAGCUCAGUGCAGAGGAGUUCCAACUUAUAUUGCUCAUCAAGUUCAGGGCCCCAACUUUUUCCAUCCAGAGUGUUUCACAGCUGACCUGGGAUUCACACACAUCAACUACUGUGCUGACACUAAUGUUUAG